UGUGCACUGGAGAGACGCCGCUUGUCUAUGCAAGUGUGAAUAUGAUAAACUUCGGCAAGAUCCAAGCGAUACAGGACACUUCCCAAACUCUCCAGCUGUGCAAUCAGGGUCUCAUCCCUGCAGCCUUCAGAGUAGAGAUCGGUGACAGAUGCUUGAGGAUUGAACCCAGGGAAGGAGUGGUCCCUGCCAAGGCUGAGAUUCCUAUUGUUGUCACAGCAAACCUGGAUGACACAGGGAGAUUUGAGGAUAGCAUGAAGCUGUUCAUUGAGAACAGCCUUACCAGUGUCAUCCCCAUCCAGGCUGUGGGCAUCGGCACCACAAUUACCAUUGACAAACCGUUUGCGCCGGAGCUGAGUUUGGAACCCCAGUUCAACCUCGUUCCCUGCAUUUUGCGAUUCAAAGUAACAAACAAGGGGCGGCAGUUCCAGCGGCUGUUCUGGAGCACAGAAGGUUUCAGCACCUUUCGGCAGCGUCAUCCUCUCCCUGCCCUCAGUGUCAGCAAGGGCCAAAAUGGUUCCCAGAGACCCGCCACCCCUGUAUUUAAGCUGCGGCCACGGAGUAUGAAUCUGCAGCCAGGCGAGACUAAGGAGCUGGUGGUGGAAGGCUUCUCCAGCAUUGUCCAGGACGUGGAGGAGAAGCUUGUGUGUGAGGCAAUCGUGGAGCCAGAGAUAACAAAGAAACAGAUAAUCAAGACAAAAGUCACCUGCAAGUUCAUUUCUCCCACUGUGCAAAUAUCAUACGGAGCAAACACUUUCUAUGUGGAGAAGUACCCCGAUGAUGUCCUGACUCUUCAGUACAAGCCUCUGUCUUUAAAAAACACCUGCUGCCUGCCAUUCCACCUUUUGCUGGACUUGGAGCAGCCAUUCCUAAUCUGUGAUGCAAACCAGCAGCCCCUCCCUGCAAGGGCCCAGUCAGACCCUCCCCUGUAA